GGUGGGUGGCCAGCACCACGCCCGACCGCCUUUGUCUCCCUAGUGGCGAUGUUUACUACACACCGCACCAGGUAAUCAUUUGAGGCUGAGUCGACCGAGGGGAGGCCCAGGACCGGUUCAGAUAAUCGUUACCGGUGUUGGCCAUGAGCGGGAAUCGAACCCAGGUCACCAGAGCGGCCCAGCCUGGCAACCCGCGUGCCACAGACAAAGCCGCCGGCUCCAGCGGAGCGAGGCGGACAAGAUUCACGCAGCGGCACAGAACAGCUGGUCCCGGCUGAACAAGAACAACAGCCGAACAAACAACAGCCGACGAAAUGAAACAGCCGAAAGGCUGAACCGAACCCACGGCUGACCAACCAAACGGACGUACGGAUCGACAUCCAAACAGCUGAACAGCCGAGAAACUGAACAGGUGAACGGCUGAACAGCUGAACAGGUGAACAGCCGAGCAACUGAACAGGUGAACGGCCGAACAGGUGAACGGACCGAACGACUGAACAGCUGAGAAACUAGACGGGUGAAUAGGGUCGAGCUCGCGGGCGCCAUGGACAACUUCACGGUGGAGCUGUCCGGGGAGGACUUCACCAACGUCACCUUCUUCAGCAGCGCCGUGCUGGACGACUCCACCACCAACAACACCAACAACAACACCACCACCAACAACAACACCACCAACAACACCACCACCACCAACAACAACACCAUCGACUUCCUCAACUCCUCGUCGUCAUGGCUGUGGGACUCCGUCCUGGAGAACAUCACGGACGGAGGUUUGGAGCUGGGGGUCACGCCCCCCACCGCGUCACCCCCGUGCGGUAGCAGCGACGGCAACGGCGGAGAAGGUGGACUACUCUCCACCAUCGCCACCGCCACCGCCACCACGGGCCCCACCGUGUCGCCCAUCUGGGACUCGCCGCUCAACCCCAUCAUCAGCGUGUACGUGGCCGUGGUGCUGGCCUUCACCAUGCUGGGCAUGGGCUGCACGGUGGAGCUCGGCCAGUUGAGCCACCACCUCCGGAGGCCCGCAGGGGUCCUCAUCGCCGCCCUGGCGCAGUUUGCGGUGAUGCCUUUCGUGGCGUUCGCCAUGGCCAACGCGUUCGCGCUGGGCGAGGCGGCCGCGGUGGCGGUGCUGGUGUGCGGAUGCUGCCCCGGCGGGACGCUGUCCAACAUCAUGUCGCUGUUCAUCGACGGAGAUAUGAACCUCAGCAUCAUCAUGACGGCCUCGUCGGCUCUGCUGGCGCUGCCGCUGAUGCCGCUGUGCCUCUGGGUCUACAGCCGCCACUGGCUCGACACGCCCGUCGUGCAGAUGCUGCCCUUCGGCGCCAUCGCGCUCACGCUCUGCGGCACGCUGGUGCCGCUCGCCGCCGGCGCUGUGCUGCGACAUCGCGCACCGGGCGCCGCAGACGUCAUCCUCAAGGUGUCCGUGUGGCUGCUACUGCCCAUUCUCGGCGUCCUCUUCAUCCUCACCGGCUCCCUGCUGGGCCCCGACCUCAUGGGCCAGCUGCCCGCCACCGUCUACCUCGUCGCGGUCCUCAUGCCCCUCGUCGGCUACGGCAUCGGCUUCGGCCUCGCCAGGCUCUGCCGCCUGCCCCCCUCGCUGUGUCGCACCAUCUCGAUGGAGACGGGAUGCCAGAACGUCCAGCUGUGCACCGCCAUCCUCAAGCUGACCUUCCACCCGGAGGCCAUCGGCGCCAUCUUCCUCUUCCCGCUCCUCUACGCCCUCUUCCAGGCGGCCGAGGCCGGCCUCUUCAUCGUCGCCUACCGCGUGCGGAGGGCCAGGCAGCGGGCCGCGGGAGGCCGGGUCGCGGGCGACGGCGGCGACGAUGACGACGACGAGGGGGGUUCGGACAUCACGUACCGGAAGCUCAAGGAGGACGACGGGGGGCUGCCCAGGGAGGCCACCUACGGAUCGGUGGAUGCCAAGGAGAGGCACGCGGGUCCCGUGGGCGACGCGGGCGACGAUGCUGUGAGGUCCACGUACGUGUGA